UCCAUCAACAUCUGUUUUGUCUAUUAUCCAUUCCCGCCAGAGAGCAACGGCCGCCGGACAACAUGCCUCUCUGCUUCCUCUCCGUCCGUCCUCCUCCGCCUCCACUCAUCACCUGCCACGUGUCCCCAACCGCAGUGCGUCCCCCGCCGUCUGCUUCAGCACCACCACAAGUACCAGCAGCACUACCUUCUCUCGCACUGAGCCCUAGCUCAACCCCUCCUCCGCCGCCGCUAACCUGCGCCCUCCACUGCCCGCACUUCGAAUCGUGCUCCGGGUGUACGCACGAGUUCAAUCUCCACCGUCCGGUCAUCGUCGAUGAGGCAACGGAGUUCUUCAAGACAGUUGGAGUCUCAGAUUUCACUUUUGACAGUUGCAAAUUGUGGGGAUGGCGGUGUCGCGCAAAGUUAGCCGUUCGUGGCUCACCGGAAAACCCCCUGAUUGGGCUUUAUCAGGAGGGAACUCAUAAUGUAGUAGAUAUUCCUCAAUGCAAAGCUCAUCAUCCAAGUAUAAAUGCUGCUGUGGAGCUGCUUAAACAAGGUAUUACUGAACUACGCGUUGAGCCAUAUGAUGAAGAUGAGGGGACAGGUGAUUUACGAUAUGUGCAGAUGGCUGUGACAACACACAAUACUUCCCUUCCCGCUUCCGAAAGAUAUAAGAAUGGUAAAGUGCAGGUAGCUUUAGUAUGGAAUUCAAGAAACGAAAAUUCGCCGAGUUCGGAGAAACUGCAAGCCUUGGCCAAUUUUAUGUGGAGAAAUGGUGGGCCAAGGAACAAGGUCAAUCUGAUUCACUCUGUAUGGGCUAACUUUCAGACAUCAUCUAACAAUAUAAUUUUUGGAAAUAGAUGGAGACAUCUUUUAGGGGAAAGAGACUUUUGGGAACAUGUUGGAGGAAUUGAUAUUUCCUUGGCUCCGUCCAGUUUUGGCCAAGCAAACACAAGGGCUUUUGAUACCUUGCUUCGGAAGCUACAAAAAUAUGUCCCUCAGGGAGCAUCUGUUGCUGAUUUGUAUGCAGGAGCUGGUGUAAUUGGAUUAUCAUUAGCUGUGACAAGAAAAUGCAGGUCUGUUCGAUGCAUUGAGAUUAAUAAAGAAUCAAAAGUAUCCUUUGAGAAGACAGUUGACCGCCUGCCAAACUCGGUAGAGAGCAGCAUCAGCUGGCAUCUUGCAGACACUUCUAAAGAACCUCUUUCUUGGAUCAUGGGAUCAGAUGUACUUGUUGUCGAUCCUCCUAGAAAGGGACUGGAUGCAUCUCUUGUUGAUGCAUUGCGGAGUAUAGCUUCAGCAAAGCGUAAAGCUAAGUCGUCCUCGGAGAGUUCAAGCUCAAGGGGUAAGGAUGAGAAGAGACCAUGGAUGCUGCGUGCAAAAGAAGCUUCAGUUCAGAUCAGAAGCGAAAUUACUUCAGAAGAUAGUAAAUCAUGGCCUCAAACCCUUAUUUAUAUAAGUUGUGGAUGGGAAAGCUUCAAAGAGGAUUGCAAGGAUUUGUUGUCUAGCAAGGCAUGGCACUUGGAAAAAGCCCAUGGCUAUAAUUUUUUCCCUGGAACCCAGAGCAUCGAGGUUUUAGCUGUGUUCAAGAGGGGCCAAGGAAGCCCAAAGAAAAAGAGAACAGGAAUAAAGCAGAAGAAACGCUUGUAAACAAUUCUGAAAGAGGAUUUUGCAGUGAGUUUCUGUGAUGACCGUUUGAAGAUUUUCUGGGUUAUUAACUUAUUACAGGAAGACGAGUGGGAGUAUCUGGUAGAGAGAAUUUAACAAAACCAAAUCUUCUAUCUUGCUUUCCCUUUUGUAGAAAGGGAUUUUGUUCACCAUCGGCUGAAACAUGUGUAAAAUGAAUACUUACAAAUGAAUGAAAUUGCACUUUGUUGUA